AUGACAGCAACACCUAGGAUACUCAAGGCUAUCCUUGGUCUUGUCACAGUGGGUUUGUGCAAUCUGAAGUGCGUAUCUGCCUCUGCUGGCACAGAUGCAUCACCCACUGUUGACUUGACCAUGAUUGCACCUUGGUCUGCACCAAAUCUAGUAGUUGAAGUCGCCGAGACAAUAGCCACCUACAACGAGUCAGCCUACUUGCAUCUUAUUCAUGAUUUCGUUUCAUUGGAACAACAAUCUGUUUCAUGGACACCACAUCAAACGUACAAAGAAGCAGUAAAGGUCAUCUCUUCAUUGGGCGUGGACGAAGCCAGCUUUUUCAAGCUCUCGCUCGCCAUCCAUGAAGCAGCGCCUCGUAUUGAAGCCUACAACCAAUUCUAUCGAGAAAGCAUCGUGCCUGGCGUUUCAGCAUACAAUGAUGAUUGUGAUGUGUGGGCUCAAAUUGAAGAUCAACAGUUCUGUGAUAUAACUCAGUUCAUUGAUGCAUUAACAAGCCAAUCAGCAACAUCAACGAAGCCUAUUGAAUUGCUCCCUUUCGAUCAUAUCGUGUCAAAGAGCCAAGCGGAUCCUAUCGUGGCACUGUAUACUGACCGCUUCUCGGCCAAGUUUGCUGAAUUCCAUGACGCCCUGAACCAACAGGGUAUAUCACACGUUAUUCGCUACAGGCCAGACACUGCUAAUGUGCCUGUCCCUUUGUAUUUAUCUGGCUAUGGUGUCGAAAUGGCACUAAAAAAAACAGACUACCUGGUGAUUGACGACAGAUCGUCUCAGAAAGCAUCCAACAUCAAGGAUAAAAUUGCAAAUAUGGGCAAAAAGUUUGGACAGUCGUUAUUUCAAGCAACUCAAAAGGAGACAAUUGAGCCUGUAACACCUGGCGAAAUUCAUAGGCUUAGCUUUAAAGCAGCACAAUACAUUUCAAAAUCCAGCAACCCAUUAGCAACGCUGAAUCAACUGGUACAGGAUUUCCCCAAAUACGCCAAAAGUGUCAGUGAAUUGGAUGUGGAUAUUGAGCUGGAGGAAGAGAUUUUGGACAAUCAGCUGAACUUUCUUCACAGCGGCAUGAGUGCUGUAUGGCUCAACGGUAAAGGUCUUGAGUUUAGCCAGAUGGAUCCCUUUUUCCUCAUUCGUGCUUUGCGAAAAGAACGAGAAUUGAUCGCUUCGUUUGAACAGCUUGGAUUCAAGCCCAAGGAUGCUAUUGAACUUAUCUCUCACCCUGCAUUCACCGUGGCCUCUCAAGCAAGCAACAGUGCAAAUGUUGAGAUAUUUGACAUGAGAGACUCACCUGAGGAGCCCUUUGUUAUUUGGUGGAACGAUUUGGAAAAGGACAAGCGAUACAAUGAUUGGACUUCUAGCAUGGAAGAUUAUGUCAAACCACAAUAUCCAGGACAGCUAUUGCCAGUCAAGAAAAAUAUAUUCAACUUGAUUAUGGUCGAGGAUUUGGGUCAGCAAGGCUCCAUUGCACGCGUUGUGAACGAGCUUCAUAUGAUGAUCAAGCGAUUGGUUCCUGUUCGCUUUGGCAUCAUCUCCAUUAUUAAGGACAAGGACAGUGUAUCGACCAGGAUGGCGCAAUCUUUGAACUACCUUAUUGAAGAGCAUGGCAAAGGCGCUGGCAUGAACUUUUUGGCAACAGUACUAGAAAUACUUCGUGCAGAGGGCAAGAAUGAGCCUACUCCGGACAUCAUUACCAAUGCCUUUGCAAAGAUUGUUUCCAGCUCUGGAAAGCCCAAAUCUGGCAAAAAGAUCACUUUUGAAGAAGCGCUAGAAACACAAGACAGCUACACACAAGCCAGCAGCCAGUUCUUACAGCGUAUGGGCAUCACUGAGCUAGGCGCUCAAGAUGGUAUUAUGUUUAUCAACGGAAAGCUCCUCGAGUUUAACGAGGAAAGACCCUGGAUCCAAGUGCUGAUGCCUGCUUUGCACGAAAUCACAAGAAGCCUUCAAAAGAUGGUCUACUUGGGAGACUUCCUUGACGAAAAGUUUGAUUACUAUCAGCAUGUCAUGGCACAGCCUCACGUUGCAACACAUCGCAAUUCUUUCAUUGUGCCCUCCAAUGCGCAUCCUCUUGUCAUCCAGGAGUUUGCCACUGCUCGCAAGUCAGAGGAGCUCAAGUACUUCCAAAUGGGUGAACAGGAUGCCACUAUCAACCUGUGGGUUUCUGCUGAUUUAAAUACGGCUCAUGGUUUGAGACUCGCAUCAGAAGCACUGUUGUACGCUGAAUCCAAUUCCAAGGUCCGAAUUGCUUUGAUCCACAAUCCUGCUGGUGUCAGCACUGAGGACGCACCAGAGAUCUCUGUCCCUGUGGUGGAUGAUCAGCAUCACAAGCCUACUUUCUCUGAUUUACUUGGCAGCGUCAUCUUUACCAACAAAAAUACUCACAUUGAGCAACUGGUCAAAUUGACGGAAAAUGCGAUCGAGCAGUUCGACAGUGGAUCAUUUGAAGGCAACGUGGUACCUGAAGCCAUUAUCCCUGGCUCACCCAUCAUUGAAAUGGAGGCCAAGACGCAAUCCAUCAACUGGAGAAACUUGGUCAAUGCACUCAAGAAGGACGGUCUCAGCACGUCUUUUCAGGGCAUCGUCGUCAAUGGCAGAGUCGUAGGUCCUCUUCCUCCCAGCACUGUAUUUAGCAAAGAGAAUUUCGCUGCUUUGGUGGAUUUGGAGUAUAGCAAGAGAAUUGCGCCCAUUGAACAGGCCAUUGCUCAAGUCAAGUAUACGGUGCCUGUAGGCGAAGACGUAGCUGAUGUCCUGACAAAGAUCUCUGUGCUAAUUGAAACUGACAAGGCUGUUACUAGCAGAAGUUUGGUGGAAGAAAACGAGCCCGUGUAUCGUCAUCGUGUUUAUGAAAACAUCCCUAACACCAAGCACACGCGUCUCACUAUUGGUGAUCCAGACAACGCAUUCUUGCAGAUUGGAUUCAUCAUUGAUCCCUUGAGCGAAACAGCUCAAAAGUGGGUGCCAUUGAUCAACACGUUAGCCGGAAUCGACGGUGUUUCUGUCACCAUGUAUCUCAACCCUGUCAAUGGACUACAAGAGCUGCCCUUAAAGCGUUUCUAUCGUUACGUGUUUGACAAGGAGCCUCAUUUCGAUCCUGUUACUGGCGUACAAGAAAUCCCCACUGCUUACUUUGAUGAUUUGCCUACGGAUCCUCUGUACACAUUGGGUGUUGAAACUACAAACGCCUGGCAUGUCACUGUGCGUGAGGCCAACAUGGAUCUCGAUAACAUUGUUCUGAAAUCACUCAGUAAGGAGGAGAGCAGUGUCUCUGCUGUGUAUGAACUAGAGAAUAUCCUUUUAGAGGGCCAUUGCUUGGAUUCCAACAGCAAGUCUCCUCCUCGUGGCCUUGAAUUCGAGAUUGCAACGCCUUCCAAUCACUCUCACAGGGACACACUUGUCAUGGCCAACUUGGGCUACUUUCAACUCAAGGCAUUGCCUGGUGUCUGGAAUCUGGGAUUGCGUGAGGGACGCUCCUCUGCCAUCUACUCUAUUGAAGAUAUUGGCACAGAAGGCAAAUGGAACUGGGAUGCGUCUAAACAGAGCAAGAAGGCAGAGCAAGGCAGCGGGGUCUUGGCAUUAACCUCGUUUGAGGGUAUUACUGUCAUGCCUCUGGUCCACAAAAACCCUGGCAUGGAAUCAGUAGACGUCUUGGAGAGUGCAGACGAUCGUAAGCAGCACGGUGAUGGCAGUGGAUUGUGGUCUUCGUUCUCUAGCAAGCUGUUUGGCGGUGGUAGGAAGGAUCAAGAUGUGGUAGCCACCAAACCCAAGCAGGCUGACAUCAAUAUCUUUUCUGUGGCCUCUGGAAAGCUGUAUGAACGUUUUCUUUCUAUUAUGAUUGCCUCUGUGAUGGAACACACACAAAGCACCGUCAAAUUUUGGUUCAUUGAGAACUUUUUGUCGCCUGAAUUCAAGGAUUUCGUGCCUUAUAUGGCCAAAGAGUAUGGAUUUGAUUACGAGAUGGUGACCUACAAGUGGCCUGCUUGGCUUCGCGCUCAACAUGAAAAGCAACGUACUAUUUGGGGCUACAAGAUUUUGUUCCUGGAUGUUCUUUUUCCUCUUGAUUUGGACAAGGUGAUCUUUGUAGAUGCUGAUCAGAUUGUCAGAACCGACCUCAAGGAAUUGGUCGAUAUGGAUCUUCAGGGCGCCCCUUACGGUUAUACACCCUUCUGCUCAGAUCGCACUGAAAUGGAUGGGUUUAGAUUCUGGUCUGAGGGCUAUUGGAAGACACAUUUGAGAGGAAAACCCUACCACAUUAGUGCUCUCUACGUCGUUGAUCUUGUCCGUUUCCGUCAAUUGGCAGCUGGUGAUCGUCUGCGUGCCCAGUACCAACAGCUGAGCGCAGAUCCUAAUUCGCUGGCCAAUCUGGACCAAGAUCUGCCCAACAAUAUGCAGCACAUUGUGCCCAUCUUUUCGUUGCCUCAGGAAUGGCUCUGGUGCGAGACCUGGUGUAGUGAUGAGAGCUUGAAAACUGCAAAGACGAUUGAUUUGUGUAACAAUCCAUUGACCAAGGAGCCCAAGCUGGACCGUGCUCGUCGACAAAUACCUGAAUGGGAAGACUACGACAACGAGAUUGAUCAGUUGCGCAAACGUGUGUCUUUGGGCCAUCCUCCUGCUGUUGUGGCAGAUGAACAUGGUGAGCAAAUAGUGAUUUCUGGUAAAAAGGAGCAUCUCAAAGAUGAAUUGUAA